AUGGCUGUUGGCGAUGCAUACCGAUCAUCUCAACGUGUUCUCGGCGCCAAUAGAGGCGAUAUGGGCUCAGUCGAUGGGGCAAAGGGCGCAGAAGCAAAGAAGGAGUUUCUCGAUGGAAGCUCCGAGCAUGUCGAGACAGUCAACGAAAAAGAGAAGCUAAGCAAGCGCCAGAAGGCAAAGCGACACUUUCGACGAUUCUGGUGCUGCUAUUUGAUGGCAGCGAUUAUAUUCCUGGCAAUUUUCCUACCAGUUCUAUUCCUCGUCAUAAUUCCAGCGAUCGCGCAACGCAUAGUAAACGACACCGACCUCCCCGUCUACAGCGCCGAGAUCCUCAACCCAAAGCCCGACCGAUUCACAUUCUCGCUGAACACAGCCCUAGACAUCCCAGCCGGGCUAUCAGUUCGAACAGACCCUCUCAGUCUACGACUAUUCAACCGUGCAGUGAAACCAGUCGUUCCAUACCUGAGGGUCGGUCUACAGUCAUACAACCUGAAAGGACACACGAAGAUGCACGUCACGCAGCACGAUACCAUCGUCGAGAACGAAGACGAAUGGGUAAAGGCACUGACGCAGGCCGUGUACUCGAAGCGAUUCACCCUGUCCGCGAAGGGGUCCACCACUGCUCAUCUAGGUGCACUGAAGGCGGGCUUGACCCUGGACAAGGAUAUAGCGUUGGAUGGACUCGACCAACUCAGCGGAUUCAGCAUCGAUGCUGCCCGGCUGGUCCUCCCUGCCGAAGAAGAUGGUACGAACCUUCGCGGCAAAGCCGUUCUUCCGAACCACUCGGUCGUCACAUUUGCUCUGGGAAACGUAACACUUAAUCUCCAGAGCCAGGACUUGAUUCUAGGAGAAGCUCUGAUUCAAAACGUCAUCCUGAAACCCGGGAAUAACACCGUUGCGCUGAGCGGGCGCAUUGAUCUCCGCAAGGUGUUGCAAAACCUGUCUGAGAUUGUGGCAGCACAGCGAGAAGCCCUCUCAGGCGGUGAAAUAGAGCUUUCUGCGACAGGUAACAAGACGAUGUAUGACGGACAGCACAUCCCGUACUUUGAACGCGUGUUGAACAAUCUGACAUUAACGGCGCGGGUUCCCAUCAUGAGAGUCCUGAUGGAUACGCUGCAGGGGCUGGGAAGUGCAAGUGGAAAUGGGUCCGUAUGGGAAAGAAUCCAAAGCUUAGGAAAUGGAGGGGGGGAUUUGACCGGACUUUUGGAUGGGCUGUGA